UCUCAUUGGCUACCGCCCGCCGUGAGGGGGCGGGGAAUGUAGCGGCGAGGCCCCGCCCUCAAGCAGGAGCCAAUCCUGAGCAGCCUAGGAGACGAACCCGGAAGUGAGAUGCAAGGCGGCGAUUUUCCCUUCUGUCAGAUCUUGAUGAACAAAGCAGUCAUAAUUCAUCUCUAGAAAGACUUAUAUCCUGGCAUUUGAAAUGCUUUUCAUUUAGAAUAGUAGUAAAAAUGGAAAAAGAAAAAGGAAAUGAUGACGGAAUACCAGACCAAGAGAAUUCCUUGGAUUUUUCUGAACACUUUAACCAACUUGAAUUGUUGGAAACACAUGGACACCUUAUUCCUACUGGUACUCAAAGUCUUUGGGUAGGCAAUUCUGAUGAAGAUGAGGAGCAAGAUGACAAAAAUGAAGAGUGGUAUCGAUUGCAAGAAAAAAAAAUGGAAAAAGACCCAAGCAGAUUGCUUCUUUGGGCUGCUGAAAAAAAUCGGCUUACCACAGUGCGGAGACUACUUUCUGAAAAGGCCACUCAUGUGAACACUAGGGAUGAAGAUGAGUAUACCCCUCUUCAUCGAGCAGCCUACAGUGGACACUUAGAUAUUGUCCGGGAGCUCAUUGCACAGGGGGCAGAUGUUCAUGCAGUGACUGUGGAUGGCUGGACGCCCCUGCACAGUGCUUGUAAGUGGAAUAAUACCAGAGUGGCUUCUUUCUUACUGCAGCAUGAUGCAGAUAUCAAUGCCCAAACAAAAGGCCUCUUGACCCCCUUGCAUCUUGCUGCUGGGAACAGAGACAGCAAGGAUACCCUAGAACUCCUCCUGAUGAACCGUUAUGUCAAACCAGGGCUGAAAAACAACUUGGAAGAAACUGCAUUUGAUAUUGCCAGGAGGACAAGUAUCUAUCACUACCUCUUUGAAAUUGUGGAAGGAUGUACAAAUUCUUCACCUCAGUCUUAACAAUUCUAGUAAUUUUCCUAAGUUUCUAAAUACCAGUGCCUCCUUUGUGUGAGAUGUAUUCCCAUAAUCAAAAUUGACGUCAAAGAUCUUACUACAAAAAUUCAGUGAUAUUCAUUAUAACAUUCUUCCAAGUGAAUUGCCUGACUUUGAUGUCAAAAUGUAUUUGAAAGUAAUUUGCAUAUAUCUUUAAUGAUUUCUGUGGAGUUUGUGAUUUUUUAUCAGAAAUAAUUUUAAUGUGUGUAUACUUAAAAACACGGGUUGUACAGAAACUGGUAUUUUUGGUGCUGAUACAAGAGAAAUGUAUUUUUAAAUAUCCCACAUCCUGGAUCUUUGUUGGGUACUUAGUAUAUUGACAUAUAUUUUUAUAAGGUGAGGUAACUCAGAACUUAAAAGUCUUAAAUAUUCUGAUACAAUUCAGCUGUCUUCUCUACCUUACCAUAGCCAGUUGCUUUCAUUUUAAACCAGAGCAAGUAACAUAUUAGUGACUUGAAUCUUCAUAAGUUAAAGAAAAAAACAGCAAAAAACCUAGAUCUUUGUCUUUUAGAACACAGACUAUUUUCAGGAAAGCAGUUAGCUAGGUGUUUAAUUCAUGAAUAUUGUAUACUGCCUCCCCUACCACAAUUUACACAAUCCUGUGGAUAGUCCUACCUCACCCUGGUCAACCUACAUGAUCCUUAAGCUAACGGCGAAUCACGAUGACCUUGUAGACAUGCACACGACUAUACCUUUGUCCAACAGAUCAUAACAUAUCUGCUAUCCAACUGGUUUUACCUGCCUAAUCCUACUGAUUUGGGCACUGCUUGUAUAGUCUCUCGAGUUCACAGGAAAUGUUCAUUUUCUAAGGUCCUCAUUUUUACAGACUAUACAGGCAAAGUGACAGGGGAAAAGGAAUUAGUCUAAGAGUAAGGGGAUGAUUAUUAUAUUGAAGCUAAAACCACAAAGUGGCUCAGGCUUAAAAAAAAAAAAACACUGGAUAAUGACAAAAAGCAUAAGUAAAAAUAUUUGAGAAAAAGAAGUACAAGUUUUGAACAACGCAAAAGGCAUGAAUUCAUUUUUUACCUGUGUAUGUCUUUCUUGGAUCCAGAACAUUAUUCAUCCAGCACACACUUAGUUAUUUAAUAUCUACUCCCUCAGUCUCUCCAGCAGCAAUUCUGCAUUGUCUAUCUAGCCCCUCUGUGAUUGUUCCCAAAGUUUUGUCUUCUCAACACCACAACACUCUAGGGGAAGGGAACUAAACCAAUUGCUCUUUACUUCAGUUAAAUUUUUAAAAUGUCCACCAAGGCUUAUCUCUUUCAAGCCAUCCUAUGUAACCCAGUCACCCUAGACUAAGUAAUAAUGUUAUUUAAUCAAAGAUUAAAUAUUUAUUUUUGCUUAGAACUUAUUAGAUCAUCUCAGAAAAGUCAGAGAUAAUAUAUGAACUGAAUCAUCGUGACAACAGGAUCUUGAGAGUUAGUGCUUUAGUUUAUGUUGUGAUCUCUGCCUAGGAAGAUGCUUUGUGGCAGAGGUUGCUUUCUGUUUGAUCUGGCCUAAGUUAGUGACACUAAAUGACAGAUACAGCUGACAGGCAGUGAUGAUAGAAUAAGACCUUAUUUAUCCAAGCAGACUGCUGAAUGAGGCUGCUUAGCCUGAAAGUCACAGAGCUGAUGGCUCCUUUCUCACUUGAGAAUGGAUUGUACCCAUGAUUCCAUGUAAACUUUCCAUUUAAGUAUGGAGCCAAAGAAGUCUUGUUUCCAAUAAGGACCUGAGAGAUGUCUACUCCCUUGUUUUCAGACCUCAACACUCACUGAUGCUAGACAGCAAACUCUACAUAUAAGACAAAUCCCACCCCUAAGGGCAGAAUUUGUAUUGUCUGCUUCCUUUAUAGUUUCCAGAGCAUUUACUAGACUGCUCUGUGCACAGAAGGCAGUCACUAAUUGUGCUUUGAAAGGAUUACUUCUACUUUCCAGUUUAGGCAGGCUAAAUAGCUCAGUUUACAAACAGAAUUUUCUCUAAUCUUGGAAAGUCUAUACAAAGACUUAUUAAAAAAUAAAAUCUGAGUUUUUCAUAACUAAGGGUUUAAUUUUGAUUAACAUAUGCUUGAGGAAGAGGUAAUUUUUGUGAAUGUUCAAGGUUCAUAUCGUAAUUCUUAGGCCUAAAGUGGAACUAGUUGCCUUUGCUUUUAUGAAUCUUAAAUAUGCUUUUCCAGGGAGCCUUCCAACCCACAGCCUACCACAGUGGUGGGAUUUAGAGUCUUUAUACUACAAUAUGAAGACAUUUAUUUGUAUUAUUUGACAUCUAUUAUGUUAUCUAACACUAUGCUGGAAAAUCAUGAUCAAAAGAAGCCCAGAGACUAUACUGAGAUUUAUGUCCCAUACCAAAAUGAAAUCUCUGGAUCAACUCUUGAUUCCUGAUCAACACAUAUACCAUCUUCACUCUACCUGCAAUGGCUCUAGGAAUUUAUGCAACUGCCUACAAAAUAAGAUCACCAAAUCAUUAUGUCUUUGCUAUAGUUAGUUCAUCAUAAGAUGCUCCAGUCCAUCUGUAGGAUUACUAGAUGACCACUCAAUUUGUUCAAUAUGAAAUGCUUUCUCUAAAGGAUAUUCAAGGUCUAUCUUUAUUAAGUUCAGAAGAGAGUAAACCAAGAAGGAUUAAGUGUGGCUGAUUGAUGUUUUAAAUUCCUGGAAAUUCCCUUUGAAACUCCAAAAUUUUACUUCUCAGAACCUAAGUGGAAAUGAUCUAAAUCAGUGCCAACACAUAGAAAUGUGGGCCACAUGUAAUUUUAUGUUUUUAGCAUGACUAUUUUAGAUACCUCAUUUUUUUUUUUUUUUUUUUUUUUUUUUUUUUUUGAGACAGAGUCUCGCUCUGUCGCCCAGGCUGGAGUGCAGUGGCGCAAUCUCGGCUCACUGCAAGCUCCGCCUCCCGGGUUCACGCCAUUCUCCUGCCUCAGCCUCCGAGUAGCUGGGACUACAGGCGCCCGCCACCGCGCCCGGCUAACUUUUUGUAUUUUUUAGUAGAGACGGGGUUUCACCGUGGUCUCGAUCUCCUGACCUCGUGAUCCGCCCGCCUCGGCCUCCCAAAGUGCUGGGAUUACAAGCGUGAGCCACCGCGCCCGGCCUAGAUACCUCAUAUAAGAAGAUUCAUGCAAUAAGGAGAGAAUUGCAUUUUAUGGCACACAAAUAUAGAUAAGCAAAAAUCCUAGUAGUUGAAAAUCAUAAGAGCCAUAUUAAAAGCAGGUGAAAUUAAUUUUAUAUAUAUACAGGACAACACAUCCAAAAUAUGAGAUAUAUAUUUAAAAUUUUUUGAGCUGUUUUAAUUUUUUUGCAGUAAAUCUUCAAAAUACAGGGUGUAUUUUACAGCACAUCUGAAUUUAGUCACAUUUCAAGUUCUCAGCUGUGUUUGUCUAAUGGCUACUCCAUUGAAAGCACAGAUCUACAUGCCCGAAAUCAUUCCCUGGAGGCACAGAAGGAUGGCUCCACAGAGCAUUAAACUUUGAGUGAGACAAACUGAGUUCAAAUCCUCAGUGCCACCUGUGGGUGACUUUGGGCAAAAAACCCCUCGGUUUUCUCAUAUGUAAAUCAGGGAUAAUAUCUAUCUUGCCGUAGGCUAGUUUGUUAUUUAAAUGUAAAAAUCAUAUGGUGUUAUUUAUUUUGUCAAUUUCUUUAAUACUUCAAAAAUAAAUUUCAAUAUGAAAUACAUCGAAAUCAUAUUGUUUUAAAAAAAAAGCUACAUGUGUUUAUCAGUGUCCUCCAGUCAUCUUUUAUGAAUGAAAUAGUCUCAUCUGAUCUUCUUUAUGAAAGUUCUUAUAUAUAUAAGAUGUGGUACACCAAACCUCUGUGACAAUAUUAAUAGUUAACAACUGAGUGCUCACUGUAGGCCAACUAUGCUGUAUGUGCUUCACGUGUGUGAUAUCAUGUGAGCCUCACAACAACCCUCUGAGAUAGAUAUCAUUGUACAAAAGGAAAUAAGGCUUAUAGAACUUACACGGAUUGCCCAUUGUCAUGCCAUGUGUGCAUGAUGGAGGUUUGUCUAUCUGAUUCUACCACCUUUCCUCUUCACCACACACUAGUAUUUGAUAUGUAUUUGUAAAGUUGAUUAAAGAAUGCAUCAUUUGGUGCAUAUUUAGUGUAUCUUCUUAAGUUCCAGAAAGCUCAUGUUCAAAUGUCACAGCUUUUUACCUGUGGUGUUUUUGAAUAUUAUCUGUAUACCACCAGUUAGUCUGUCUAUGAUAAUAACCAAAAUUCCAUUUUCUUUAAUAUUAUUUUUAUGUAGUUUAUUUACAGUAGGGUUUGAGGACAUAAAAAUUACUAUCAGGAGCAAAAGCAACUGCAUUUGCUUUUAAAGGUGCAGUUUAUAUUUUUUGAAUUUGGUUGCUUAUAUCUGCUUUUAAAUAUGCUUGCCAUUUAUCCGCAUAUAAAGUAUAUGUUGUACAUAGGCUAUAACUAAAUUUAUUUUUUUUUUAAUUUUUGUUUUUUUUCUUUUUGAGACAGACUCUCACUGUUGUCCAGGCUAGAGUGCACUAGCAUGAUCUCGGCUCACUGCAACCUCUGCCUCCCAGGUUCCAGUGAUUCUCAUGCCUCAGCCUCCCAAGUAGUUGGGAUUACAGGCGUACGCUACCAUGCCCAGCUAAUUUUUUAUGUUUUUAGUAGAGACUGGGUUUCUCUGUGUUGGCCAGACUGGUCUCGAACUCCUGGCCUCAAGUAAUCUGCUGGUCUCGACCUCCCAAAGUGCUGGGAUUACAGACUUGAGCCACCACGCUUGGCCACUAAAUCUAUUAAUUUUAUUCCCCUUCCAUGUAAGAUUCCAUACUUACGUGCAAAUUUCUUGUUACUGUGUGAAGAACACUUAACGUGAGAUCUGCCCUCUUAAAAUUUUAGUUCAUAGUAUUUUUUUUUAUCUAUAAGCACCAUGCUUGUAGAUCUCUAGAAUUGCAGAGAUUCUAGAUUGUACAGCAGAUCUCUAGAAAUUAUUCAUCUCGUAUAACUAAAACUUCAUACUCAUUGAAUAACUACUUCCCGUUUUCCUGGCAGCCACCAUUCUACUCUCUGUUUCUAGAAGCAUGACUAUUUUAGACACCUCAUAUAAGAGGACUCAUGCAAUAAGGAGAGAAUUGCAUUUUAUGGCACACGAACAUAGAUAAGCAAAAAUCCUAGUAGUUGAAAAUCAUAAGAGCCAAAGCAAUAUUUAAAAAGAAAACACGGUGGCUCACACCAUCCAACAUUUUGGGAGGCCAAGGUGGGCAGAUCACGAGAUCAAGAGAUCAAGACCAUCCUGGCCAACAUGGUGAAACCCCGUCUCUACUAAAAAUACAAAAAAAUUAGCUGGGCAUGGUGGCACACCCCUGUAGUCCCAGCUGCUCGGGAGGCUGAGGCAGGAGAAUUGCUUUUGCUUGAACCCAGGAGGUGGAGGCUGCAGUGAGACAAGAUCACGCCACUGCACUCUGGCCUGGGCAACAGAGUGAGACUCCGUGUCAAAAAAAAAAAAAAAAGAUAAAGAAAACGUUAAAAUCAGGAUUUUUACAACCUAAUUUUAAGACUAGCUAUAAAACAACGGUAUUGAUACAGUGUAGUAUUGGUGGAUGGACAUGUGGAUCCAUAGAACAGAGUCUAGAAAUAAAUCCAGAUAUAGAUAAUUAAUUUUUGACAAAGGUGCCAAGGAAUUCAGUGGGACAUUCUCUUAAACAAAUGGUGCUGGAACAACUGAAUAUCUUCUUGGAAAAAACACGAACUCAUUUAUAGGCAGAAAGCAGUUCAGUGGUUUCUUGGUCACGGGGAUAGAGGUUGGACUACAAAAGGGCAGGGAGAACCUUUUGGAGGUGUUGGAAAUAUGCCGUAGCUUGAUCGUGGUAAUGAUUUUGCAGGUGUACACAAUUGUCAAAAGUCACUGGGUUUUAAAGAGUAAUGCAGGGUUUUUGUACAUAAGUUAUAUUUUUAUGAAGUCGAUUUUUAAAAAUAGAUAUCCAGAUAUGACUAAUUUUAUUCUUUUAUUAUUUUCCAUGGCAAGCAUAAGAUGACCUCAUCCUCAAAUUCUAGGGAUAUAUCUUCAGGGGGGCCUGUUAUUUAAAAAAAUACAUUUCACCAAUUCACUGGAAUUUUAAAAUUCCAAAUAAUACAACAUUUAUAAUCAGAAGGACUGAUUUCUCCAUUAAAUGACAGAAUGGGAAACAAAAUAAUUGCUUUAAAAUAAUUAGUCCAUUUGGCAGGAUUCAAGAAAUUUGAAAAGAUGGCUAGUUACUAUAUAAGAAGGAUUUGGUUGGCUUUUAAUUUAAAUCAGGACUGUUAGAACCUAGAAGAGGAUACCAAAGUGGUUUUAGCAUCUACUUUUCCGAAGAAAAACGAUAGCAUUCAACAUCCCAUUGUUUAUUCGUUUGUGCUAUAAGACAAACUGAGAUGAUUUCUUGAGACCUGUUUUAGAUCUAUAGAAUUAAACACAAGUAAUAUGAAGUAGCCUAUUUACUCUGGUAAUAUAUUAAAACUUUUUAUUUCUUUGAUAAAGACUUCAUUUUUUACAUGAAUGUGUAACUUUUUAUAAGAAAACUUUAGUCUUGGGUUUUGUUUCCAUCUAGUGGUCAUGUUGGUCUUUUCCAUUUACAGUCAGGCUUGGGUAAAUGAUGUAUCCGCCUAUACUGACAAUGAUCUCAUAAGAUUAUAAUGGAGCUAAAAUUUCCUAUCACCUAGUGAUGUUGUAGCUGUCAUAAUGUCAUAGCACAACACAUUACUCACAUGUUCGAGGUGAUGCUAAAUGUAAACAAACCUACUGCACUGCCAGUCAUGUUUACAUACAACUAUGUACAGUGCAUAACACUGGAUGAUAAUAAACAACUAUGUUACUGGUUUAUGUAUUUACUAUAA